UCCCCCCAGGUGCCCCGGCCCUGCCCCAGUUCCGGCCGCUCCCUGGCCCGGCCCCCCCUUGUGACCCCCAACCCCUGCGGGGUCCCCCCUGUGCCCCAUGGCGGCCCGGGGGGGGCCUAUGGGGGGAGGAGCCCCCAACUUGGGGGGCUGUCAGGCCGCAGCCCCCUUCGCCCCCCCAGGCCCCGCCUGGCCCCAGCCGCUGCUAGCCGGGGGGGAGAUGGGGGGCAGCGUGGGGGGGCUGACCCCUGACCCCGAGCCUGACCCCGAGCCCGAGCCGGGGGAGCUGGCAGCCGCCCGCGCCGCCGUCCGCGCCAUGGACCCCCGGGAGCUCCUGCAGCAGGACGAGGAGGGGGACACGCUGCUGCACUUGCUGUGCGCGCGGGGGCUGCGGGCCCCGGCCCGGGCGGCCGCGGAGGCCUUCAAGGCGUUGGGGCAGCUGGAGCUGCGCGAGCACCGCGGGAAGACCCCGCUGCUGGUGGCGGCGGCGGCGGCGGCGGCGGGGGUGGUGGGCGACCUGCUGGCCCUGGGGGCCGACCCCGACGCCGCCGACCACCGGGGCCGCACCGCGCUGCACCUCGCCGCCACCUACGGGCUCCCCCGCGUCCUCCAGGCCGUGAUGUCAUCAGGGGUCCCCGUAAACGUGGAGGCCAGAAACUUCGAAGGCCAGACCCCCCUGCACUGCGCCGUCCUAUCCCAUAAUGCCUCGCUGCGAGUGGGGGGGGACCCCGGGGUGGGGGGCGCCGGGGGGGCCCCCCCCACUUCGACCCCCCAAGAAUGGCUCCUCUGCGUCGAGCUCUUGCUGCGGAUGGGGGCCGACUGCGGCAGCCAGGACAUGAAGAGCAGCCAGACCGUGCUGCACUUGGCCGUGAGGGGGGGGAACUUGGCCUUGACCCACCUCCUCCUGCGCCAGCCCGGGGUCGCCCCUCGCCUCGUCAACAUGAAGGCCCACGGAAACACCCCCCUGCACAUGGCGGCGGCGCUGCCGGGGGGCCCGAGCCAGGAGCCCCUCGUCCGGCUGCUUCUGGCGUGGGGGGCCGACCCCGGCGCCCGCAACCUGGAGCACGACCUGCCCCACGGCCUGCUGCCCCCCGGCCCCCCCGGCGACCAGCUCCGCCUCCUCCUGAAGAGCCGCCGCGGCGCCCGCCGCCCCUCCCCCACCUCCUAGGGGCAGAAGUGAUGUCAGAGGGGCGGGGCUUCCUGGAUAUGACAUCAGAAAGGAGGGGGGGGUACACACACUCCCCCCUCCCCCCCCCCCCCAUAUUGGGGGGGUGGUAC